CCGAAGAGCGGCAAUCUAUCUAUCGUGGGGCAUACCCAGGACUGCCCGAAUAUGGUGGCCGGACACUGGCCGGCCACCAGACUAUAAUACUCGGAACGUCUCCCCCCGCGGCCAAUCUUUUUCUCUUCUUUUCGUUAGCUGCGUUCCGUUCAGUCCAAUCCUUAUUGCCUUUCGUGCUCAUACGUACGCGUGCGCAGGUUCUCGACUGCUUAUUGCAAUCAGACUUUCUCGCAGGCUGGGCUUUCGCACCGCUCCACCGCUCCACCUCUUCCUCCCCGCCGCCGUUUCUCGAAGCAUAACCUGCGAAUCCGCCAGCCAAGAAUGACCGACAACAUUGACCACCAGCAUCCGGCGGAUCGCUACGCUUCGGCUCCUACGGCCGCAAUGGCUCCUGCGUAUCCCGACGAGAAGCGGACCGAAACAACGGCGGACGGCUCGUUGAGAAGCAGCCUGAAGGAGGGGAGGGAUAUCGAAGGCCAGAGGAAUGUCCCCGAGGUCGAGAAGAAAGACGGGUGGUACCAGAAAUAUCACAUGAAACACAUUCUCAGAGCUUCCUGGCUGUGUUUGUUUACUGGCUGGUGGAUCGCGAGUUUGGUCUUGCACAGGAAUGACAAGAAUUGGGUCGUUCCAUUUCUUCUGUGGCUCUGCGUGGCUCUCCGAGUCCUCACUUUCUACGUUCAGGCGCGCCUGGUGAUGGUUCCCCUGCGAUUCGUCUGGAAGCAAACCGGCGUCCGAGUCAUGAAGGCGGUCCCAGAGAAAUGGCGCAUCCCUGGCGCAGCAGCGAUCGUGGUCGCGACAUAUCUGGUUGGAUCGUUCGUCUCGAAGGAGACCGAGCAGAACACUCGCGCUGACCGUGCCAUCUCCUGUCUGGGCCUGGUGGUCUUCAUCUUCGUCCUGUGGGCGACGUCCCGCAACAGGGCUGCCAUCAAAUGGCAUACCGUCAUCGUCGGCAUGCUGAUGCAGUUCAUCAUCGCACUGUUCGUCCUGCGCACCGGCGUCGGCUACGACAUCUUCAACUUUGUAUCGACUCUCGCCCGCUCGCUUCUCGGCUUCGCGAAGGACGGUGUCGCGUUCCUGACCAACGAGGAGAUUGCCAACCUGGGAUACUUUUUCUUCUCGGUGCUGCCGGCAAUCGUCUUCUUCAUCGCGCUGGUCCAGCUGCUGUACUACUACCAUAUUCUGCACUGGUUCAUCGGAAAGUUCGCAAAGUUCUUCUUCUGGUCCAUGAAGGUUUCCGGGGCGGAGGCCGUUGUGGCUGCUGCGUCUCCCUUCAUUGGUCAGGGAGAAUCUGCCAUGUUGAUCAAGCCUUUCGUUCCUCACCUCACCAUGGCCGAGCUCCACCAAGUCAUGUGCUCCGGUUUCGCAACUAUCGCCGGAUCCGUCCUCGUCGCCUACCUCGCGAUGGGAAUCGACCCCCAGGCGCUCAUCUCGUCCUGCGUCAUGUCGAUCCCGGCAUCCCUCGCCGUCUCCAAGCUGCGCUACCCCGAGACCGAGGAGCCGUUGACCGCUGGCCACGUCUCGGUCCCCCACGAUGACACGGACGAGGCUGCGAACGGACUGCAUGCAUUUGCCAACGGUACCUGGCUAGGUCUGAAGAUCGCGGCCAUGAUCAUGGGCACGCAGAUGUGCAUUAUCGCCUUCAUCGCGCUGAUCGACGCCCUUCUCAGCUGGUGGGGGUAUUACCUCAACAUCUCCGACGGCCUCACUCUCGAGAUGAUCCUCGGCUACCUGCUGUACCCCGUCUCCUUCCUCCUCGGUGUCUCCCGACACGGCGACGACAUCUACCGCGUAGCCCAACUCAUCGGCCUCAAGCUCAUCGCCAACGAAUUCGUCGCCUACAUUGCGCUCCAAAGCAACCCGCUCUACGCGAACCUGACGCAGCGCUCCCGCCUGAUCGCCACCUACGCGCUCUGCGGCUUCGCGAACAUUGGCAGUCUCGGAACGCAAAUCGGAGUGCUCCAGCAGGUGGCCCCCGGCCGUGGCGGAGACGUCAGUCGUGUUGCCAUCUCCGCUCUGCUCUCUGGCGCUAUCUCAACGCUCACUAGUGCGUCGGUCGCUGGAAUGGUUAUUAUUAGUGAUACUUCGGAGAUUUAAAUAACUACCUAGAUAGGUAGAGAUGUUUGGGUAUAUGGGAUGUAUGGGAUGUUGGAGCGGAGCUGCAGCUGAGAGAUUAGAGAUUAGUAGUAAUAACUCUCGUUCUUGACUUACGUUACUUAGGUAUGUUGAUUGAUGUGGGAGCUGGUCCAUUGAUGGGAUGGGAGGUGUUUUGUUUGGUGUUCUGGGAAUC